AUGCUUAUUCCCAGAAUUCCUGCUGCCGAUGACACGGUUGAAGUACUCGCCAGGAGCGUUCCCAAGCUCCGUAGAGAUUGGGAAAAUGAAGACAAACGACGAGUGAAGAUUGAUAAAAAAUCCAAGAGUCUUUUAAUCAUGGCCCUUCCCAACGAGAUUUUUCAAUAUCUUGAUGCAUGCGAUUCUGCCAAAGAUCUAUGGGAUCAAUUAGCCAACCAGCUAGAAGGAGGAAUAAAGAUGAAGAAGAACAGACGUGCUCAAUAUCUGAAUGAGUAUAACAGCUUCCAAGCUCUCCCAAAUGAGUCUCUCGAACAGACUUAUCACCGGUUCAACACCCUGAUCAACACCCUGAUCAACAAAUGUAGGAAGUGUGAUGUGAUCAGGACUCAAGAGGAAAACAACAUGCUCUUCUUGAAGAGGUAG